CACAUCUGCUUCAGGAAGAAAGUGCCUGCCACUCCUGUUGUUUCUACGCAGGUUCAUGCCAGCCCAGAACACAGAAUCAGAUUUAGAAGAGUUUAUUACCACCCAGCCAAGAUGAACAUGGUGAAGAGGAUCAUGGGGCGGCCGAGGCAGGAGGAAUGCAGCCCGCAAGACAACGCCCUAGGACUGAUGCACCUCCGCCGGCUCUUCACAGAGCUGUGCCACCCUCCUCGGCACAUGACCCAGAAGGAACAAGAAGAGAAGCUGUACAUGAUGCUGCCAGUGUUUAACAGGGUUUUUGGAAAUGCUCCGCCAAAUACAAUGACAGAAAAAUUUUCUGAUCUGCUGCAGUUCACAACACAAGUCUCACGACUGAUGGUGACAGAAAUUCGAAGGAGAGCAUCAAACAAAUCCACAGAAAAACAGAGUGUCCCGCUCUCCUCCAAGGAUUUCAAAGCCACAACACCUUCAGAGGCUGCAAGUCGGGCCAUAGUCCAGUUCUUGGAAAUCAAUCAGAGUGAAGAAGCCAGUAGAGGUUGGAUGCUUCUGACAACAAUUAAUUUGUUAGCAUCCUCUGGUCAGAAAACCGUGGACUGCAUGACAACAAUGUCAGUGCCUUCCACCCUGGUUAAAUGUUUAUAUCUGUUUUUUGACCUUCCACAUGUGCCUGAGGCAGUUGGAGGUGCACAGAAUGAGCUACCUCUAGCAGAACGUCGGGGGCUACUCCAGAAAGUUUUUGUACAGAUCUUAGUGAAACUCUGCAGUUUUGUUUCACCGGCCGAGGAGCUGGCUCAGAAAGACGAUCUCCAGCUUUUAUUCAGUGCAAUAACCUCUUGGUGCCCUCCCUAUAACCUGCCUUGGAGGAAGAGUGCCGGAGAAGUCCUUAUGACCAUAUCCCGUCAUGGUCUCAGUGUCAACGUGGUGAAGUAUAUUCACGAAAAAGAAUGUUUAUCUACAUGUGUUCAGAAUAUGCAGCAGUCAGAUGACCUGUCUCCCCUAGAAAUUGUUGAGAUGUUUGCUGGGCUUUCUUGUUUCCUCAAAGAUUCCAGUGAUGUUUCCCAAACUCUUCUGGAUGAUUUUCGGAUAUGGCAAGGAUAUAAUUUCCUUUGUGAUCUCUUGCUUAGAUUGGAACAAGCAAAAGAGGCAGAAUCCAAAGAUGCCUUGAAAGAUCUGGUUAAUCUGAUAACUUCCCUAACAACAUAUGGUGUCAAUGAACUAAAACCAGCUGGUAUUACCACAGGGGCACCCUUUUUAUUGCCUGGAUUUGCAGUACCUCAGCCUGCAGGCAAAGGUCACAGUGUGAGAAACAUCCAGGCCUUUGCAGUUCUUCAGAAUGCAUUUUUAAAAGCAAAAACCAACUUCCUCGCCCACAUCAUUCUCGACGCCAUCACAAAUAUUUACAUGGCAGACAACGCCAACUAUUUCAUCCUCGAAUCACAGCACACACUGUCACAGUUUGCAGAAAAAAUUUCUAAACUCCCAGAAGUACAAAACAAGUACUUCGAGAUGCUGGAGUUUGUUGUUUUUAGCUUAAAUUAUAUCCCUUGUAAAGAACUUAUUAGUGUUAGCAUCCUCUUAAAGUCUAGCUCUUCUUACCACUGUAGCAUUAUUGCGAUGAAAACACUUCUUAAGUUUACACGACAUGACUACAUAUUUAAAGAUGUGUUCAGGGAGGUGGGCCUUUUGGAGGUCAUGGUAAACCUUUUGCACAAAUAUGCUGCCCUCUUGAAGGAUCCAACUCAGGCACUAAAUGAACAAGGGGACUCAAGAAAUAAUAGUUCAUUUGAAGACCAAAAACACCUGGCUUUGUUAGUCAUGGAGACUUUGACAGUGCUUCUUCAAGGGUCAAACACAAAUGCAGGAAUUUUUCGAGAAUUUGGAGGCGCAAGAUGUGCACAUAAUAUAGUGAGGUACCCACAGUGUCGGCAGCACGCCCUGAUGAUGAUCCAGCAGUUGGUGCUCUCUCCCAAUGGGGACGAUGACAUGGGCACGCUCCUGGGACUGAUGCACUCGGCUCCACCCACAGAGCUGCAGCUCAAGACCGACAUCCUCAGAGCCCUCCUGUCGGUCCUUCGAGAAAGUCACCGUUCCAGAACAGUCUUUAGGAAAGUUGGAGGCUUUGUGUACAUUACAUCGUUGCUCGUGGCUAUGGAAAGGUCUUUGAGCUCGCCCCCCAAGAAUGGGUGGGAGAGAGUGAACCAGAACCAAGCGUUUGAACUUCUCCACAUGGUGUUCUGCACACUGACUGCAGCGAUGCGCUAUGAGCCGGCCAACUCACACUUCUUCAAAACAGAGAUUCAGUAUGAGAAGCUGGCAGAUGCUGUUCGAUUUCUUGGCUGCUUCUCAGACCUAAGAAAGAUCAGCCCCAUGAAUGUCUUCCCUUCAAAUACUCAGCCAUUUCAAAGACUUUUGGAGGAAGACGUCAUCUCAAUGGACUCGGUGUCACCCACUCUGCGGCACUGCAGUAAACUCUUUAUUUAUCUCUACAGAGUAGCCACAGAUUCUUUUGACAGUCGUGCAGAACAGAUCCCUCCUUGCCUGACAAGUGAGUCUUCUCUUCCCUCUCCUUGGGGGACUCCAGCUUUGUCCAGGAAAAGGCACGCAUAUCAUUCUGUUUCUACUCCCCCCGUCUACCCUCCUAAAAACGUUGCUGACCUGAAAUCACACGUGGCAACUUCAUCUCUCUCGAGUUCUGAUGCCGUCAUCAUCCAUCCUGGAGCCAUGCUUGCUAUGCUGGAUCUCCUGGCCUCUGUUGGGUCUGUGACACAGCCAGAACAUGCCUUGGACCUUCAACUUGCUGUGGCCAAUAUUUUACAAUCCCUGGUGCACACGGAAAGAAACCAGCAGGUCAUGUGUGAAGCUGGUCUCCAUGCACGACUGCUGCAGCGGUGCAGUGCUGCUCUGGCUGACGAGGACCACUCGCUGCACCCACCCCUCCAGCGCAUGUUCGAGCGAUUAGCCUCUCAAGCACUGGAACCCAUGGUGCUCAGGGAGUUUUUGCGUUUGGCAAGUCCAUUAAAUUGUGGUGCCUGGGACAAAAAACUGCUAAAACAAUAUAGGGUCCACAAACCAAGUUCACUGAGUUUUGAGCCAGAGAUGAGAAGUAGUAUGAUCACAUCCAUGGAAGGUCUGGGUUCGGAUAAUGUUUUCAGCUUACAUGAAGAUAACCAUUACCGGAUAAGCAAGAGCCUAGUGAAAUCUGCAGAAGGAAGUACUGUACCCCUGACCAGAGUGAAAUGUCUGGUCUCCAUGACAACCCCACAUGACAUCAGACUUCAUGGGUCAUCAGUUACUCCAGCUUUUGUUGAAUUUGACACAUCCCUUGAAGGGUUUGGCUGCCUGUUCCUGCCCAGUCUGGCCCCUCAUAAUGCCCCUACAAACAAUGCUGUCACAACAGGUCUUAUCGAUGGGGCUGUGGUCAGCGGCAUUGGUUCCGGCGAACGAUUCUUCCCUCCUCCAUCUGGCUUAAGCUACUCCAGCUGGUUUUGCAUUGAACAUUUUAGCUCUCCUCCCAGUAACCACCCAGUCAGACUCCUUACUGUUGUUCGCCGAGCAAAUUCUUCUGAGCACCAUUAUGUAUGCCUUGCCAUAGUUCUCUCUGCAAAAGAUCGGUCUCUGAUUGUCUCCACCAAAGAGGAACUACUCCAAAAUUAUGUUGAUGAUUUUAGUGAAGAAUCCUCUUUCUAUGAGAUUCUGCCAUGCUGUGCUCGCUUCCGUUGUGGAGAACUGAUCGUUGAGGGACAGUGGCAUCACCUGGUUCUGGUGAUGAGCAAAGGGAUGCUGAAGAACAGCACUGCAGCUCUCUACAUUGACGGCCAGCUUGUCAGCACUGUGAAGCUUCAUUAUGUUCACAGUACUCCCGGGGGCUCAGGCUCUGCCAAUCCACCAGUUGUUAGCACAGUCUAUGCCUACAUUGGUACUCCGCCUGCCCAGCGCCAAAUUGCUUCAUUGGUUUGGCGCCUGGGACCUACACACUUUCUAGAAGAAGUAUUACCUCCUUCAAAUGUUACUACCAUUUAUGAACUAGGACCAAAUUAUGUGGGAAGCUUUCAGGCCGUAUGUAUGCCAUGUAAAGAUGCAAAAUCUGAAGGUGUGGUCCCAUCUCCUGUGUCAUUAGUACCAGAGGAAAAGGUGUCAUUCGGCCUCUAUGCACUGUCCGUGUCUGCUUUGACAGUGGCGAGAAUCCGGAAGGUAUACAACAAGCUCGACAGCAAAGCCAUCGCUAAGCAGUUAGGCAUUUCCUCCCAUGAGAACGCCACUCCUGUGAAGCUGAUCCACAACUCCGCAGGACACCUCAACGGGCCCGCACGGACAGUUGGGGCUAGUCUGAUUGGAUACUUGGGAGUAAGAACGUUUGUUCCUAAGCCUGUUGCCACUACUUUGCAGUACAUUGGUGGAGCCGCAGCCAUCCUGGGCCUGGUGGCCAUGGCUUCUGAUGUGGAAGGGCUGUACGCAGCAGUCAAGGCCCUGGUUUGUGUGGUCAAGAGUAACCCACUAGCCAGCAAAGAAAUGGAAAGAAUCCGGGGCUACCAGUUGCUGGCAAUGCUGUUUAAGAAGAAACGCUCCCUUCUUAACAGCCACAUUCUCCAUCUCACAUUUUCCUUGGUGGGAACUGUUGACAGUGGACAUGAGACCUCCAUUAUUCCAAAUUCAACAGCUUUCCAGGAUCUACUUUGUGAUUUUGAAGUCUGGCUCCAUGCUCCAUAUGAACUUCAUCUCUCCCUAUUUGAACACUUUAUUGAAUUGCUCACAGAGUCCAGUGAAGCUUCAAAGAAUGCCAAGUUGAUGAGGGAAUUCCAGCUAAUCCCAAAGCUGCUACUGACUCUUCGAGAUAUGUCUCUAUCCCAGCCUACCAUUGCUGCUAUUAGUAACGUGCUGAGCUUCUUACUGCAGGGUUUCCCCAACAGCAAUGAUCUACUCAGGUUUGGCCAGUUCAUUUCUUCUACUUUACCAACCUUUGCAGUUUGUGAGAAGUUUGUAGUUAUGGAAAUAAACCACGAAGAGAAGCCUGACACUGGAACUGAAGAAGAGUUUGGAGGUCUUGUAUCUGCUAAUCUUAUACUUUUGAGGAACAGACUUCUGGAUAUCUUACUAAAACUGGUUUACACAUCUAAAGAAAAGACAAGCAUUAAUUUGCAAGCUUGUGAAGAGCUGGUCAGGACGCUGGGUUUUGACUGGAUUAUGAUGUUUAUGGAAGAACACUUGCAUUCUACCACAGUCACAGCAGCCAUGAGGAUUCUUGUUGUCCUACUGAGCAAUCAGUCUAUUCUCAUCAAGUUCAAGGAGGGACUCAGUGGUGGAGGCUGGCUGGAGCAGACAGAUUCCGUCUUGACGAAUAAGAUCGGAACUGUAUUAGGAUUCAAUGUGGGCAGGAGUGCUGGCGGACGAUCAACUGUCAGGGAGAUUAACCGGGAUGCUUGUCACUUUCCUGGCUUUCCGGUUCUUCAGUCAUUCCUUCCUAAACACACUAAUGUCCCUGCUCUCUAUUUCCUCCUCAUGGCAUUGUUUCUGCAGCAGCCUGUUAGUGAGCUGCCUGAGAACCUGCAGGUCAGUGUGCCUGUCGUCAGCAGCCGAUGUAAGCAGGGUUGCCAGUUUGAUUUAGAUUCCAUCUGGACCUUUAUCUUUGGAGUUCCUGCCUCCAGUGGAACCGUGGUCUCGUCUAUCCAUAAUGUGUGCACAGAAGCUGCUUUUUUGUUAUUGGGCAUGCUCCGAAGCAUGCUGAAUUCACCUUGGCAAUCAGAAGAAGAAGGAUCUUGGCUCCGGGAGUAUCCUGUGACCCUGAUGCAGUUCUUCAGAUACUUGUAUCACAAUGUCCCGGACCUGGCCUCCAUGUGGAUGAACCCUGAUUUCCUGUGUGCACUGGCAGCCACGGUCUUCCCCUUCAACAUCCGCCCUUAUUCAGAAAUGGUGACUGAUCUCGAUGAUGAAGUUGGAUCUCCAGCUGAAGAAUUUAAAGCCUUUGCAGCAGACACAGGGAUGAACAGAAGCCAAUCAGAGUACUGCAACGUGGGCGUCAAGACAUACCUGACCAAUCACCCAGCUAAGAAAUUUGUUUUCGACUUCAUGCGGGUCUUAAUAAUAGACAACCUCUGUCUUACGCCUGCCAGCAAGCAGACUCCACUGAUUGAUCUUUUGUUGGAGGCUUCCCCUGAGAGAUCGACAAGAACUCAGCAAAAAGAAUUUCAGACUUACAUUUUGGAUAGUGUGAUGGAUCAUUUGCUUGCAGCUGAUGUUUUACUGGGAGAAGAUGCAUCUCUUCCUAUCACCAGUGGAGGAAGCUACCAGGUAUUGGUGAACAAUGUGUUUUAUUUCACACAACGUGUGGUGGACAAGCUUUGGCAAGGCAUGUUCAACAAAGAAUCUAAACUUCUUAUAGAUUUUAUAAUUCAACUAAUUGCACAGUCAAAGAGGAGAUCCCAGGGGUUGUCACUGGAUGCGGUCUAUCACUGCCUCAACAGGACCAUCCUGUACCAGUUCUCCCGGGCGCACAAAACCGUCCCGCAGCAAGUAGCCCUGCUUGACUCUCUCAGGGUCCUGACUGUCAACAGGAACUUGAUCCUGGGCCCUGGAAACCACGACCAAGAAUUCAUCAGCUGUCUGGCUCACUGCCUCAUUAACCUGCAUGUUGGGAGCAAUGUGGAUGGAUUUGGACUGGAAGCAGAAGCCCGCAUGACUACAUGGCAUAUUAUGAUCCCCUCGGACAUUGAACCAGAUGGUGGUUACAGCCAAGAUAUUAGUGAAGGGCGUCAGCUUCUCAUAAAAGCUGUCAACAGAGUUUGGACGGAAUUAAUUCAUAGUAAGAAACAAGUCUUGGAGGAGCUUUUCAAAGUCACUCUACCUGUGAAUGAAAGAGGCCAUGUGGACAUAGCUAUAGCAAGGCCGCUCAUCGAAGAAGCUAGUUUGAAGUGCUGGCAGAAUCAUCUGGCCCAUGAAAAGAAGUGCAUAAGUCGAGGAGAAGCUUUAGUGCCCACCACACAAUCCAAAUUGUCCCGUGUCAGCAGUGGCUUUGGUCUUUCCAAGUUAACAGGAUCAAGAAGGAAUCGAAAGGAAAGUGGGCUUCAUAAACACAGCCUUUCCACCCAGGAGAUUUCUCAGUGGAUGUUUACACACAUCGCUGUUGUUCGUGACUUGGUAGACACACAAUAUAAGGAGUAUCAGGAGCGUCAGCAAAAUGCCCUGAAGUACGUGACGGAAGAGUGGUGCCAGAUUGAGUACGAGCUGCUGCGGGAGCGGGGGCUCUGGGGCCCCCCCAUUGGUUCCCAUCUCGACAAGUGGAUGUUGGAGAUGACAGAGGGGCCCUGCAGAAUGAGGAAAAAAAUGGUGCGAAAUGAUAUGUUUUAUAACCAUUACCCUUACGUGCCAGAAACGGAGCAGGAAACCAACGUGGCGUCUGAGAUCCCAAGUAAACAGCCUGAGACACCUGAUGAUAUCAUUCCUCAAAAGAAACCUGCUCGAUACAGAAGAGCCAUAAGUUAUGACAGUAAAGAAUACUACAUGCGACUAGCCUCCGGCAACCCAGCCAUUGUGCAGGAUGCCAUCGUAGAGAGCUCCGAAGGAGAAGCUGCUCAGCAAGAACCAGAACAUGGUGAAGACACGAUUGCUAAAGUCAAAGGACUGGUCAAGCCACCUCUCAAACGGUCUCGGUCAGCACCGGACGGAGGCGAUGAGGAGACGCAGGAGCAGUUACAGGACCAGACAGCUGAGGGCAGCUCGAUAGAAGAGGAGGAGAAAACAGACAACGCCACCCUGCUGCGCCUGUUGGAGGAGGGCGAAAAGAUCCAGCACAUGUACCGCUGUGCUCGAGUCCAGGGCCUUGAUACCAGUGAGGGGCUACUCCUCUUUGGUAAAGAGCAUUUCUAUGUGAUUGAUGGAUUUACAAUGACAGCAACCAGAGAAAUAAGAGAUAUUGAAACCUUACCUCCGAAUAUGCAUGAGCCGAUUAUCCCUAGAGGAGCCAGGCAAGGCCCCAGUCAGCUCAAGAGAACAUGCAGCAUCUUUGCAUAUGAAGAUAUCAAGGAAGUGCAUAAACGGAGAUAUCUCCUGCAGCCUAUUGCUGUGGAAGUUUUCUCUGGAGAUGGACGAAACUACCUCCUUGCUUUUCAGAAAGGAAUCAGAAACAAAGUUUAUCAAAGGUUUUUGGCUGUAGUGCCAUCUCUCACUGACAGUUCAGAGUCUGUGUCUGGGCAGCGGCCGAACACCAGCGUGGAGCAGGGAUCUGGGUUGCUUAGCACUCUGGUUGGAGAGAAGUCUGUGACUCAGAGAUGGGAGAGAGGUGAAAUCAGCAACUUUCAGUAUCUGAUGCACUUGAACACUUUGGCUGGAAGAUCAUAUAAUGACCUCAUGCAGUAUCCUGUCUUCCCCUGGAUCCUUGCGGAUUACGACUCGGAGGAGGUUGAUCUUACUAAUCCCAAGACAUUUAGAAACCUGGCCAAGCCUAUGGGAGCACAGACAGAUGAACGAUUAGCUCAGUAUAAGAAGCGAUAUAAAGACUGGGAAGAUCCUAAUGGAGAAACUCCAGCCUACCACUAUGGGACCCACUAUUCGUCAGCCAUGAUUGUGGCUUCAUACCUUGUCAGAAUGGAGCCCUUCACACAGAUAUUCCUAAGGCUACAGGGAGGCCACUUUGACCUGGCUGACCGGAUGUUUCACAGUGUGCGCGAGGCCUGGUACUCAGCGUCGAAGCACAACAUGGCAGAUGUAAAGGAACUCAUCCCAGAAUUUUUUUACUUACCUGAGUUCCUGUUCAAUUCCAACAACUUUGACCUUGGCUGUAAACAAAACGGCACCAAGCUUGGAGACGUUAUCCUUCCACCCUGGGCAAAAGGGGACCCACGAGAAUUCAUCCGGGUGCACCGUGAGGCUCUGGAAUGUGACUACGUGAGUGCCCAUCUGCAUGAGUGGAUCGACUUAAUCUUCGGCUAUAAGCAGCAAGGUCCUGCCGCGGUAGAAGCUGUAAAUGUCUUCCAUCACCUUUUCUAUGAGGGUCAAGUGGAUAUCUACAACAUAAAUGACCCCCUCAAGGAGACAGCCACCAUAGGGUUCAUUAAUAACUUUGGGCAGAUCCCUAAACAGUUAUUUAAAAAACCUCAUCCACCCAAGCGAGUGAGGAGUCGACUCAAUGGAGACAAUGCGGGGGCCUCCGUCCCGCCAGGGUCUGCCGGUGACAAGAUCUUUUUUCAUCAUCUAGACAACCUGAGGCCUUCGCUAACACCUGUAAAAGAACUCAAAGAGCCUGUGGGACAAAUCGUAUGUACAGACAAAGGCAUUCUUGCGGUAGAACAGAAUAAGGUUCUUAUCCCGCCAACGUGGAACAAGACUUUCGCUUGGGGCUACGCGGACCUCAGCUGCAGGCUGGGGACCUAUGAGUCAGACAAGGCAGUGACUGUUUAUGAAUGUUUGUCGGAGUGGGGCCAGAUUCUCUGUGCGAUCUGCCCCAACCCCAAGCUGGUCAUCACGGGUGGAACAAGCACGGUCGUGUGUGUUUGGGAGAUGAGUACCUCAAAAGAAAAGGCUAAGACUCUCACUCUCAAACAGGCCUUACUUGGCCACACUGAUACGGUCACCUGUGCCACCGCGUCGUUAGCCUAUCACAUCAUCGUCAGCGGGUCCCGAGACCGAACCUGCAUCAUCUGGGACCUGAACAAGCUGUCGUUCCUAACCCAGCUCCGAGGCCACCGGGCUCCCGUGUCUGCUCUGUGUAUCAAUGAAUUAACCGGGGACAUCGUGUCCUGCGCUGGCACGUACAUCCAUGUGUGGAGCAUCAAUGGGAACCCCGUCGUAAGUGUGAACACGUUCACAGGCAGGAGCCAGCAGAUCGUCUGUUGCUGCGUGUCAGAGAUGAACGAGUGGGACACGCAGAACGUCAUCGUCACGGGACACUCGGAUGGCGUGGUCCGGUUUUGGAGAAUGGAAUUUUUGCAAGUUCCUGAAACACCAGCCCCUGAGCCUGCUGAAGUUCUCGAAAUGCAGGAAGACUGUCCAGAAGCACAAAUCGGGCAAGAAGCCCAGGAUGAGGACAGCAGCGACUCCGAAGCCGACGAGCAGAGCGUCAGCCAGGACCCCAAGGACACGCCCAGCCAGCCCAGCAGCACCAGCCACCGGCCCCGGGCAGCCUCCUGCCGAGCCACAGCCACCUGGUAUAACGACAGUGGCUCCGACGACUCCAGGCGCUGGUCCGAUCAGCUCAGCCUCGAUGAGAAAGACGGCUUCAUAUUUGUGAACUAUUCAGAGGGCCAGAGCAGACCUCAUCUUCAGACUCCCCUUAACCACCCCCACCCCAAUCCCAUCGAGGCGCGGAAUUACAGCCGAUUGAAGCCUGGGUAUCGCUGGGAACGGCAGCUGGUGUUCAGGAGUAAGCUGACCAUGCACACGGCCUUCGACCGGAAGGACAACGCUCACCCUGCCGAGAUCACCGCAUUGGGUGUCUCCAAGGACCACAGCAGGAUCCUCGUGGGCGACAGUCGGGGCCGGGUGUUCAGCUGGUCUGUGAGCGACCAGCCCGGCCGCUCCGCCGCUGACCACUGGGUGAAGGACGAAGGAGGGGACAGCUGUUCAGGCUGCUCCGUGCGGUUCUCUCUCACGGAAAGACGGCACCAUUGCAGGAACUGCGGUCAGCUCUUCUGCCAGAAGUGCAGCCGAUUUCAGUCAGAAAUCAAACGCUUGAAAAUCUCCUCCCCAGUACGUGUCUGUCAGAACUGUUACUACAACUUACAGCAUGAGAGGAGUUCAGAAGACGGGCCCCGGAAUUGUUGAAGAUUCACCAAGCUGAUCGGAGACCACGGUCUGGAGACCCCGCUUCCCGCCUCCCCCGUCACAACUCGCAGCUUGGAAGGCAUCGAAACAGUCUCCGUUUACACAUCUCUUCACACCACGCGUCUGAAGUGUGGGAUUCAAAGGGAACACUGACUACACGGGUGUAGAGUCCAGUCACGGGGCAGGCACUGUGCAGGGGAGCAGCACCUGCUGAGAAGACGAGGUGGUUCCCAGGAGCGACAUCUCAGUAUCCGACUCUCCCUUAACAAUCGCUGUCUCCAAGAGAAAAUCCUCACGUGUUACCUGUUCUUUCCUUGCGUCUCAUUUUUGUAGAGCUACUCAUCCUCGAUUGGAAAAAUCAACAACUACAAAAAAAAAAGGCUUUUAGAAAAUGGUUGUAAAUCUGACUUCUUUGCAAGUAACUGUGUAUAUUGUAAAUAGGUACAAAGGCCUUUUUUCUAAAUAAGGACUUAACAGCCUGUAACAUGAGACUUCCAACUAAACCACUAAUUCAAUGAAAUACUUAUGGUUUGUCUGACAUCGCUCACCAAUUAAUUAUAAAUAUGUUUUUUUUUAAAUCUUCAAAGACAUUAUCUGUGGUCUUUUUUCCUUUCCCCUUUCAAGCCCAGCUCGUGUGCCUGAUGUCCUUUCUCUCAAGUUGCCCACGGUAUCUCCACUUAACCUAAGCUAGUAACCAAAACAAUGUCAUGUGGACCUUCUUUAGGAAACAGUGUGGGAGAAUAGGAGUCUGGCCCUGAGAUACCCUGGCAAUCUUUGGGCAUCUUGCACAUGGCUACACACCACCUCGGUGUUGUUCUGAUGUCACAAGGCCCCACGUAGACUUCUCUUUGGACUGCCCUGUGGUCAAAGCAUCUGUUCUUAGCACUGCGCCCUGAUGGUCAGGCAAUCCACGCAGUGCAGGAAACAGCCCUGCCUCAACUGAUGGAAAUAUAUUUGCAUGUAACCCAAAUUAGCUUCUCUUGCAUAGAACAUAAGAAGUAUGUGUCUUUGGUGACACUAAUGUUCUACUAUAGCUUAUUUUCCAAAAAAGGGUUAAAACAAAAGAAAAAAGUGUACAGAAUUAACAUGUAAACCUUGUUGUAAAACUGGAUCAUGUCAGAACUGCUUAUAUUUAACCUUUACCAUUU